UCUUGGGGUAAUUUCCUCUCGUCUCCUCUUGUCUGGUACAGCUGGCAUCUGGUAGUGGUUAAUCUCAUCAACGUCGGCACUCACUCAACCAUCUAUCUAACUGAUCAGUGUCUGUAGUGUGUGUCCACAGCGCAACACGGGAGCCAAUAUUGGACCUGUAGGGACUUUACCCGUCGCCGUCACCUUGGCGCCGAUCCCGCUGGUCGAGCAAGGGUUGCAUGGGAAAAUUACCGUACUCCAAGUGAUCGAAUCUACAGGGAUCCUCGAGCCAAUCACCCGGGAAGGACAAUUCCCGACAAUACGAUAAUCCAUGUCUUUAUCACAAUGCAAUGGCGGAUUUAGGGGUCGAUGGGGAGAUCGCUCACAAUUUCUUUUCUUCUCUUCUCUAUCCAUUAUGACGUGCCGGGCCGGGGAUGGUCAGUCCGAAUAGCUUCGGGGUGUGUUUCUGAGCUCAAUCUUCAAGGGUUCAAGAUUCAUUCAUUCUUUCUCUUUCAGUCCAAAACGAUGGACCAAUCAUUCAUCUGUCUCAAACACGUACCUCGGCGUUGCACUUAUGCAACCUCCCAAUUUCUUGUGCAGCAUCUCGGGCAGUGGAACCAAUGUUUCUAUUUUCUGAUCCUUUCCGCCGCUGUCUGGUUCCGUGUGGAUGGCACGAAAUCUCACGGUCAUUCCGCCCUUCUGCAUGUAACGAACGCAACGCUGGCAACGCAACUCUCGCAGGCGCAGUUGAACGUCAACCAGCGUUGUCGUAGUCUCAACGGUCACAAACAAGAGCGAGGGGUUAAGUACCUAGGUUUUAGUCAAGAUAGGGACGUGCACAACGGGGAUAUCGUUGUAGUGCACCCUUGUUCCACGAUACGAAGAGCCAUUGAUUGGACCAGAAGCCAGCUGACGAUUCCCAGGUCUUGGAAAUAACAACAUGGAUGAACAGUUAGGUAGUAGGGGUUUCAGGCGCUUGAUCAGAUUAUUGACCUAAAGGCCAAUCGGCCAACCAUGGCGAAGAAUUCCAAUUCCACCG